GGCUUCGUCGUAAUGUAAAUAUUAUCGAUUUUUCGCUAGCGUUUUCACAUAGUUGUAACUUUUCCCGAUUCGUCUCGGAAAUCAUGUGUUAAAAAGUGUGUAAAUUGUCAAGGAAAGCGCAACAACCAAGACACCAAAAUGUCGAUCUUCCGAAGCAAAUUGGUUUUGGGACUGAGCGCAGCUGGAUCGCUUGUGGGAGCCGGUGUCCUGCUCAAAGACUACAUGCAGGGAGCCCGCUUCGAGCGGAGGGAUGUUCGAGCCGAUGGUAAGAUUGUCAUCGUUACCGGGUCCAAUACCGGCAUCGGGAAGGAAACGGUCAUGGGGCUGGCCAACCGGGGAGCUCACGUUUACAUGGUGUGCCGGGAUUUGAACAAAUGCGAGGAAUCCCGCCAGGACAUCGUGCUGGAAACGAAGAAUCCUAACGUGUACUGCCGGGAGUGCGAUCUGAGCUCGCUGCAGUCGGUGCGGAAGUUUGUCAAACAAUUCAAAACCGAACAGAACCGCCUGGACAUGCUGAUCAACAACGCCGGCGUCAUGCGCUGCCCGCGAUCGCUCACCGCCGAAGGCAUCGAACUGCAACUGGGAGUCAACCACAUGGGUCAUUUCCUGCUCACCAACCUGUUGCUGGAUCUGCUGAAACUGUCCGCCCCUAGUCGAGUUGUGGUCGUAUCCAGCAUUGCCCACACCCGAGGCAAGAUCAAUGUCGAAGAUUUGAACAGCACCAACAAGUACGACCCGGCCGAAGCGUACGAGCAGAGCAAGCUCGCCAAUGUGUUGUUCACGCGAGAGCUCGCCAAGCGAUUGGAAGGGACGGGAGUUACGGUCAACGCUCUGCACCCUGGAAUCGUGGAUACGGAGCUGAUGCGACACAUGGGCGUGUUCAACAGUUGGUUCUCGAGCUUCCUGAUCAAGCCAUUCGUUUGGCCAUUCCUGAAAUCCCCACUGUCCGGGGCGCAGACAACGUUGCACGUGGCACUGGAUCCCGAUUUGGAGAAGGUUUCGGGUCAGUACUUCAGUGACUGUGCUCCGAAGGACGUGGCCCAGCAGGCAAAGGACGACCGUCUGGCCAAGUGGCUGUGGGCCGUUAGCGAAAAGUGGACUGGCACGCUGACCGGAACGGCUGCCGUUUCCUGACAGCGAAUCAUCAAACGGAACAACAGCAAAGACAUAAUCAUUUUCAGCGAACCAAAUUUGCGGGAGUGACCGGCUGCGAUGGAUUUGCCAAAAAAUGGGUGGGUGGGAAAUUUGUCGAACGUAAAUAUUUGGAGCGAUUAACAAACCGAAAUAAGUGACGUUUAAAGCGGCACUAUAUUAAGCACAUGUAUGAAUAUUCAGCAACUUUGGAAUGAUAAGCAUUCUGGGACUAUUUAAAUCCACCGUAGAAAGAGGGCUGAGCUACUGCGUAGUGAUGGUAGCAGUCUUCUUUGUUGUUAUUAGUUGUUUUACAAUCGUGGGGAAAGAAGGCGUUAAUCGGAAUGCGAGCAAUUUGCAACCCAAAUUAGAUUCUUUUUGGGCUGUACGAAAAAGCGAGCAGCACCCAGAAAAAUGCCAUAAAAGGUAACUCCCCGAAAAAAGUUACGGUUGGCGAACGCGACGAAGUUAAUCCGGAUAGAUCCGGUACCGACUGGGUGAGCGCGGGCGGUGUAAUUCGAGACGACGAUCCUACUCUUGCCACGGAUACGCGAUCGGUUGUAGAAGAAGAGUAGAAAUAGAAGCUAAAAAUGUGUGAAGUGUGCGUAUAGGUUUUCGCAAAUGUUAAUUUGGUUCAAUAAAAAUGUUUUAUGUGCUUGGUGAAGC